CAGUCUAAUUUGGAUCGGAAAACAAUGCCUAGUUGUUAGAAGCCUUAACCCAAUAAUAAUCUCUCCCUUUACAUGGGAAGCAAAGUUGCUGAUUUUCCCGAUGCUUGAGCCCUAGAACAAUCUCUAGAACUUCUUCAGCGAGUGUGGUUUAUUCGUGAAGUUACAGAAUCCGACUCGGCACUAGGAUGGAAGGAGCCAUUGAGGUGGACUUGGACGCCAAAAUUGCAGAGAUUGCGAGCCGAGCAAGGGGAAAGAGGACAGGGAAGGUCGGAGCAAAGAACAAAGGAGGCAAACGCCGGAAGGAGGAGCAAACCGCUGUACUGGACAGGAAGAGUGCGCCGGCCGAUAAUGGUCCUCCGGAAAUUUCAAUUUCGAUGUUUGACUGCUCGGUUGAGAAUCACUUUAGAGCGAUUGAGAGAAUCUGUAAGGUCAGUGGAGAGGCAGAGUGCGAUGGUUUGGAAAAGAGCGAAGUCGAGCGCUUAUCGACCUCAAUCACUUUCUUAAGAGAAUGGUGGCAGUUUAAUUACCAGCCGAGAGCUGUUCAGUUUGCUUGUCAAAAUGAAAGUAGUCCCCAAGGGAAAGAUGUUAUCAGUGGGAUAACUUUACCUCCAUUUUCGGCUGCAACUGUUCCUAGGAAGGAUGAAGAAAAGAACUUGAUGUCUAUGGAAUCCAGAAAAGACUUUGUAAUGUAUGUUGGAGGGCCUGUGUGGGCAUUGGAUUGGUGCCCUAGAGUUCAUCAAAGGUCUGGCCAUCAUGUUAAAUGUGAGUUUAUUGCUGUUGCUGCUCAUCCUGCUGAAUUUUCUUAUCACAAGAUUGGUGCCCCCCUUAUAGGCAGAGGUCUCGUUCAGGUAUGGUGUAUUUUAACUACUGGUAUGAAAGAAGAUGAGGUGCCUCAGGUGUCAAAGAAGCCAAAGCAGAGCCCUAGUGUCACAAGAACAAAGGUCAGAUCACCGCAAUCAAAAAGGCAAAGAUGGAGGCCUAGAAAGAAUCCAAUAAAUGAAUCUGGAGAUAACCUCAAUGGCAAUGAUCAGUACUUGCAGCCUCAUGCGCAUCUAUUUCCUGAAAAUUUAUCCAACUUUCUUCCCAAGCUCAAAUCACCUCCAUCAAAAAAGCAGAGGGGGAGACCCAGAAAGAAGGCAGAAAAUGAAUCCCUAGAUAAUCUUAAUGGCAAUGAUCACCAUCAAGCUCUUGCUGUCCGACCUCCUGAAAACUCCUGCAACUUGCUUCCCUUAGAUAUAGUUUCAACAAAUGUUCAUAAAGAUCAUGCUGAAAAUGAUUCUGGAAGUAAAAGGAAGGAUUCCUGCCAAGGACUUUCGGCGGGUAAUUCGUUGUUGGCAUCUUCAAGUGUGAGGAGCUUGGAGGAUAAUGGAAGGACAAGGGAAUCUACGCACGAACAUGAUCUGCCUUCAUUGACAAUGAAGGUCAAAUCACCUCAAUCAAAAAGGCAAAGGGGGAGGCCUAGAAAGAAUCCAAUAAAUGAAUCUGGAGAUAACCUCAAUGGCAAUGAUCAGUACUUGCAGCCUCAUGCGCAUCUAUUUCCUGAAAGUUUAUCCAACUUUCUUCCCAAGCUCAAAUCACCUCCAUCAAAAAAGCAGAGGGGGAGAUCCAGAAAGAAGGCAGAAAAUGAAUCCCUAGAUAAUCUUAACGGCAACGAUCACCAUCUGCAAGCUCUUGCUGUCCAACCUCCUGAAAACUCCUACAACUUGCUUCCCUUAGAUAUAGUUUCGACCGAUGUUCAUAAAGAUCAUGCUGAAAAUGAUUCUGGGAGUAAACGGAGGAUUCCUGCCAAGGAGUUUCAGCGGAUAAUUCAUUGUUGGCAUCUUAGUGUGAGGAGCUUGGAGGAUAAUGCAAGGACAAGGGAAUCUAUGCACGAACAUGAUCUGCCUUCAUUGACAAUGAAGGUCAAAUCACCUCAAUCAAAAAGGCAAAGGGGGAGGCCUAGAAAGAAUCCAAUAAAUGAAUCUGGAGAUAACCUCAAUGGCAAUGAUCAGUACUUGCAGCCUCAUGCGCAUCUAUUUCCUGAAAAUUUAUCCAGCUUUCUUCCCAAGCUCAAAUCACCUCCAUCAAAAAAGCAGAGAGGGAGACCCAGAAAGAAGGCAGAAAAUGAAUCCCUAGAUAAUCUUAACGGCAACGAUCACCAUCUGCAAGCUCUUGCUGUCCAACCUCCUGAAAACUCCUACAACUUGCUUCCCUUAGAUAUAGUUUCGACCGAUGUUCAUAAAGAUCAUGCUGAAAAUGAUUCUGGGAGUAAACGGGAGGAUUCCUGCCAAGGAGUUUCAGCGGAUAAUUCAUUGUUGGCAUCUUUGAGUGUGAGGAGCUUGGAGGAUAAUGCAAGGACAAGGGAAUCUAUGCACGGACAUGAUCUGCCUUCAUUGAAAAUGAAGGUCAAAUCACCUCAAUCAAAAAGGCAAAGGUGGAGGCCUAGAAAGAAUCCAGAAAAUGAAUCUUUAGAUGAUCUCAAUGGCAAUAAUCAGUACAUGCAACCCCUUGCUGAAAACUCAUCCAACUUGCUUCCUGAGGUCAAAUCACCUCCAACCAAAAAGCAGAAAGGGAGACCCAGAAAGAAGGCAGCAGAGGAACCCCUAGAUAAUAUUAAUAGCAACGAUCACCAUCUUCAAGAUCUUUCUGUCCAGCUUCUGGAAAAUUCCUGCAACUUGCUUUCCCUAGAUAUGGUUUCAACUGGUUCCCAUAAAGAUCACGCUGAAAAUGAUCUGUCUUCAUUGGCACAAAAUGAGCAUCAAGAAUCUUUUCCCAAUAAUCCAAUGAUACUCUCAAACUCUGACUGGAUCCUAUGGAGUCAAGCGAGAAUGUGCCUAAAGCUGGUCUCUCCGGGAGUUGCUACUAAUUGUGUCAUUCCCAUGGAUGUUGCAUUGCCUAGAAUGGUGUUAUGCUUGGCUCACAAUGGGAAAGUGGCAUGGGAUGUGAAAUGGCGACCCAAUGUUUAUGGCAAUGAAGCCAAACACAGAAUGGGAUAUCUUGCUGUCUUGCUUGGAAAUGGAGCUUUGGAAGUGUGGGAUGUUCCUCUUCCUCAAACGAUGAAUGUGAUCUUUUCUGGCUGUCAGGAGGAGGGAACUGAUCCUCGUUUUGUCAAACUGGAGCCCAUCUUCAGAUGUUCAAAAUUGAAAUGUGGUGACAGACAGAGCAUUCCUCUAACAGUGGAGUGGUCUACGUCAUCUCCUCAUGAUUUAAUUCUGGCUGGAUGUCACGAUGGAGUGGUUGCCUUGUGGAAGUUCUCUGCUAGUGGUAUAUCUGAAGAUACGAGACCUUUGCUUUGCUUCAGUGCAGAUACUGUUCCUAUAAGAGCACUAGCUUGGGCCCCAUUUGAGAGUGAUCCCGAGAGUGCAAAUGUUAUUGUAACAGCUGGGCACAGAGGCCUUAAGUUUUGGGACAUACGUGAUCCUUUCCGCCCUCUGUGGGACCUGAAUACAGUGCAGCGGACCGUGUAUAGUUUGGACUGGCUUCCAGAUCCGAGAUGUAUUAUUGUAUCUGUUGAUGAUGGUACCCUAAGGAUCCUCAGUUUGGUGAAGGCUGCAUAUGAUGUUCCUGUUUCUGGAAAACCAUUUGUUGGAACCCAACAGCAAGGAUUCCACAGUUACUACUGUUCACCAUUCGCAAUAUGGAGUGUUCAAGUUUCACGACCAACAGGCAUGGUUGCAUAUUGUUGUGAAGAUGGAACGGUUCUCCGCUUCCAGCUUACAUACAAAGCGGUGGAGAAAGAUCCUUUGCGAAACCGAGCGCCACAUUUUCUGUGUGGGUCGUUGUCCGAGGAAGAUUCAGCUCUUACAGUAAUUAGCCCAUUGCCUGAUAUUCCAUACCCAAUGAAGAAGUCAUUGAGUGAGUGGGGUAAUGCCCCAAGAACCAUACGUGGAUUCUUAUCUGUAUCAAAUCAGGAAAAAAGAGCAAAGGAGCAAACGGGGAAAGCUCAAACAUCAGACGAUCAACCCCUAGCACUGUGUUAUGGCAACGAUCCGGGAACUGAAUUUGGAUCGGAGGACCCGGGUACGUCGCAGACGACCAAACAAAGACCAAAAGCUCAGGCAAGCAGCAAGAAAAAGCAGAAAGCUGAUCAGGCACUAGUUUGCCGAGAUGAAGAGCCAGAGAAGGUAGAAAAAGAUGAGAUGGUUGAAAUGGAAGUUUUUCCUCCAAAGAUAGUUGCAAUGCAUAGAGUAAGAUGGAAUAUGAACAAGGGUAGUCAAAGAUGGUUGUGCUAUGGUGGAGCUGGUGGAAUUGUACGCUGUCAGGAAAUCGACAAGUCGGCCGUCCGAUGAAGAGUGAGUGUCAGAAACGGAUUUGCAUAUGAUUUAUAAUCCUCCAGAUCUGCCAGUCCCCAGAGUAGUAUUAUUAUGGUGCAUGAGUAUAUUAUCCAGAUAUCCCCAUUGUAUGUAUUAGCUGUAUAUUAUAUGAUAUAUUUAGUGUAUUCGUUUCCUAUUUGUAGGCAGGGAGUUCUUAUUCUAAUUUCACAUUAUUCUUGUUACUGUU